AUGACAUCCUCAAAAGAUGUUCACGAAGCGAUUGACGCUUGGUACGAGUCACUUAGCCCUCUCAAGGUCGAUCUCAUCGGUGAUUUCGCAGGCAAGGAGCUGUUUGUCAUUCAUGGCGACGCACUGAUGCUGCAUUGCAUUCACAAGGCUCGCGUUGAUCUCCAAGGCAAGCCCACUCCUCCUCCUCCUCCUCCUCCUCCUCCUCCUCCUCCUGCUCCUCCUACUCCUCUCUUCGCAUGCAUCCGCCGCAUAAUGCUGUCCUAUGGGUUUCAACUCGUCCACGCAGUUCACGCGGUAGAGAGUUUCCUGCAGAAGCUGAAGGACCGAGGCUGCAACUUUCACAUUGUCUGGUUUCGCGACCAGGAACGACUUUGUCUCCCAGGAGAUACUCUUCCAGAGUCUCUUACAAGCAAACAUCUCUUGAUACGCGCCAUCAUGAUUCGUCACCUUCAGCGUUCACAUGCUGCCAUACCUGAUCCUAGCCGCGGUGGCAGCGAUGCGGUCUGCUUCGAGUUCGCGAGCUUGGAUGACCAGGGUUUCGAGCAGUAUCUUCAAGAGAAUGCGGUCCACUUCUUCCUCUGCCUCGACGCCAAGACCUUUGGCUCAUUGUCGAGAAACUCUACUACUACACACAUGAGCAUCGUGCGGGAGCUUGGGGUUAGGGGGUAUAGCCUUGCAUUCAUUAAUGGGCUUGAGUUCGCCAGCUCAAAGGUAUACUGCUCAGUCGUUUCGCCCUCUUCCUACUGGAAGGCGAAUCCACUCCUCUGCCCAACAUCCGGCGAGGAAACACCCGUCUUUUCCUUUGAUCCCUAUCUCCUGAACGACGUCCGUGGUUCAAUCCAGGACUGGACUCCAUGGGAAGAUGGCAAUUGCCUCACGAGCCGUGAGCUCACUGCCAUCUAUGCCCUUUGUGCCAUGGCCAAGACCAAUGGUCCAGAGUCGCGAGAAUUCUGCUCCUGGGCAGCUCAGUACGUUGUUCAUCUGGUUCUAUUAAGGAGAUUGCCACUGUCUCGACGGUCUAUCGAACAGAUAGUCGGCCUACCAAAGAAUGCAUCACGGAUCAAGUUUGUCUCAGACUUCUCGUCUUAUUGCAGGACUGCUCUCGAUCUAGUGCCAAAUAACGUCGUCUGGGACUCGUUCGACUUGCUGGAUGGCAGGCUUCUCAACUGUUUGGAAUCGCGACAUUGUCCUAGCCUCCCAAAAUUUUUGGUCCUUGAAGCCCAGGAAUUUGCACACAGAGUCAAGCAAAUCACUGGUGUUGACAUAUCGUGGAAUAACCCGCCACCUAAGCAGCCCGAGCUUGGCUUCAGUGCUGCUAGCGCAGGCACACGAGAAAAUAGCGUGCUUCCAUUCUCACAUCCAGUCCUAGACAACUACCUUGAGGACGUUCACAUCAAACCUACCUCCGUUGUUGAGCGGGACCACCUACCCAAAAUUUUCAAGGAGCUCACCCACUGGCACAACUCGCGUGUUUCCAUUGAUAUUAAGCGGCCUCCUCGUACCAAGACGAAGUGGGAGUUGAGAAGCGAGCAGAGGUUCAUGGCGACCCACCUUCAAUACUCUGCAAGUUUGACGAAUGCCACGGGAAAGAUCAUCGAUCCGGAGAUCAUUGUUGUCGUGGCGGAAGAGCCAAAUCAGUCUCCUGCCAGCUCCUCAAAGCAGCCGCAGCCUGUCAAGACCACAACGAUGAAGGGUGGAAAGAAAGCCAAAGCGAAGAGUGGGAAGCAACUUGCCUUAGAAGCUGCUGAAGCCGUAAGAAAGGGAAAGGCCGGCGCCAAAGCAGACGGCGCACUACUCCUCUGGAAAGAGGAGCGCAAGUCUUUUGACAUGGAACCCGACCUUGUCAGGCGAUAUUCCAAGGUAGUCAAAUACCUGAAUGGAAUGUCAGACCAUGCCAAAGCUGCGAUCGAGGGAGAGGUUGCUCUCUACGCUUGCAACACCCUUGCCAACAUUUUGGCAAAGGUAGGACGGUCCACGACGAUGGGCAUGAACAUCGCAGCGCUCAUGUGGUCUACGGCGCUGCGUCUCAAUAAAUCUGGAAACACCGUCCAAUUUCCGGAUGUACCUGCUGGGAUUAACUUCCAGCUUCGGUAUUGUGGUCCAGUCCUCGAGCGGAGCUUCGAUCCUGCGCCUGAUCCUCGCGUACCUUUUCACCCAGAUGCAUGGCAGCGCAGGGUUCUCGAUGCCAUUGACGCUGACAAGAGCUUGUUUGUGGUGGCACCCACCUCCGCGGGCAAGACCUUCAUCUCCUUCUACGCCAUGAAGAAGGUGCUCAAGAACAGCGAUGAUGGAGUGUUGGUCUACGUGGCUCCAACAAAGGCACUCGUGAACCAAAUUGCGGCUGAGAUACAGGCUCGUUUCAGGAAGUCUUUUAAUCGCAAUGCUAAGUCUGUGUGGGCAAUUCACACCAGGGACUAUCGGGCAGAAGAUGGUGUCAUCUGGGAGCAGCUGCUCCUCCUGGCCCCAUGCCCUAUCAUUGCCCUAUCAGCAACAGUAGGUAAUCCACGAGAGUUCAGAACCUGGCUUGAAGGGUCCGAGAAGGCAAAGGGGAACGAAUUGGAGAUGAUCGUUCACUCGACACGAUACUCUGACCUUCGGAAAUUUCUCUGGGAACCGCAGCCACGAGAAGAUCUUGCCUUCGCUGGUCUGCAACCUGUCAACAGGCUCCCCAUUCCUGGUUUAGAUGAUGGCAGUGGGACUGCAGGCCAGUUUUCGUACGUCCACCCCAUGGCUAGUAUUGUCAACCGGGCUCGCGGCACGCUUCAAGACAUCAGCCUCGAGCCACGAGACUGUAUCACUCUGUGGGAGUCAAUGGCGAAACACCAGACCGAGACACAUCGCCUCGAUCCAACCUUGGAGCCUGAGAAGGCACUUCGGCACGUUAAAGGCAGUGAUAAGCCGUCUUACAAAUACAUCUUGAGGAAGGCUGAUGUGGCUGAGUAUGAGAGCCAGCUCAAAAAGAGCUUGGAAACAUGGAUGACGGAUCGAACAUCCCCAUUCGAAGCUGUUCUCAAAGAUCUCCAGUCUUCAUACAACAUGUCUGAGUUCGACCGCCGAGAUCUUUGCAAGCAUGCUCUGUCUCUCCUUACCGAUCUUCGCGCUCAAGGAGCCCUGCCUGCUAUCUUAUUCAACUACGAUCGGACGAACUGUGAGAUGAUCGCUUUCGGACUACUCUCCCAGCUUUCCGAGGCGGAAGACGCGUGGAAGGCAUCAAGUCCGGAUUGGAAGAAAACAAUAGGCAAGUUUGAGAAGUACAAAAAGGAUAGUGACAAGAUGAAGGCCAUCAAGGAGAAGGAAAAAAAAGCCAAGUUGAAGGCAAAGCCUCGAGGCGACGAAGGCGGAGACGACGAUAUUCGAGAAGCGCAUGAUUCCAGCGCUUGGGAGCAUUUCGACCCGCAAGCACCGCUUGCUAUGUUCUCCUUUGCUGAUGAGACCAAGUUUGCCCCUUCCGAACUGGAGAAAACCAUCGCUUCCCUGAAAUUUGGGAAGAUCAACCCGAAACUUAUUGGUGCCCUCAGACGUGGGGUGGCUGUGCAUCAUGCUGGGAUGAAUCGCAAGUAUCGUCAGGUUGUGGAGAUGCUCUUUCGGAAGGGGUUCUUAUCGGUGGUUGUUGCCACGGGGACGUUGGCGCUCGGCAUAAACAUGCCCUGCAAAACGGUCGUCUUCUACGGGGAUUCCGUGUACCUCACGUCUCUCAAUUAUCACCAGGCCGCAGGUCGUGCCGGCCGCCGAGGCUUCGAUCUGCUGGGCAAUGUUGUAUUUGCUGGCAUGUCGCAGGAGCGUUGUUACGAAAUCAUGUCAUCCCGACUGCCUGAUCUUCGUGGACACUUUCCUCUUUCGACUACACUUAUUUUGAGGACCAUGAGUCUCUUGCAUCACACGAGGAACUCUGAUUUUGCAGUCCGGGCGGUGCAGUCCCUUCUGUCCCAGACGCGCCUAUACCUAGGUGGACCAGCUGAUAAGAUGUCCAUCAAGCACCACGUGCGCUUCUCCAUCGAGUAUCUCCGCCAACAACACCUUCUUGGGAGUGAUGGCACACCCCUGAACUUUGCUGGUCUGGUGGGACACCUUUAUUAUACCGAGAACGCAGUCUUCGCCUUUCACUCGCUGUUGAAGGAAGGCUAUUUCCACGACCUGAGUGCCGAGAGAAAGGCCACGAUGGACGCCAAGCUUGAAAAGGUCCGGUCGCCAUCAGUCAUCCUUCUGCCCCCUCUGCCUGAUGCUGCUCUCAGGAUCCUGCGAGACCACAACCGCACAACUCUCGAUAUAUUCCAGAACUACGCGUUCGCAUUUGUGGACCAGCACUUGGCUGACAGACCGGAUCAAAAUCUACCCUUCACGGGUCUUGAAGUGGGUGUCUCCAAGGACAACUAUGGCAAUGAAGCAGUACAUAGAGUCCUUGGAGAUGCAUGCCGCCCACCCACAAAGGUGCGCUCGCCCUUCGCUGCACUUUCCGGGUUCGGAGACGACUCCUUCAACUCCAUUCACGAGCUUUGCAGUACCACCCGUAGCGGGGUGUUCCUGGAAGAGUCCGCCAUUCCCUUCAUCCCAUUAUUCCCAGACGACACGACUUCGCCCUGGAACGCCUACCUGUACCACUUUUACAAGCACGGCGACUUGGAGGCUAUUGUUCGAGACAACCACAUCAAACGGGCCGACGUCUGGUUUCGGCUGAAAGAUUUCUCGCUGGUCCUGGCCACGAUUGUCACGAGCUUGCGCAACUUCAUGGACCUCACAUCUGGAAAUGACGACAUGGAUAUGAUAGAUAUCCAGGACGCCGACGAUGCUUAUCAGGAGCGUCUGGAUGAAGAAAAUGCCGUCGAUUCUGGCUCACUGGACAAUGAAGACCAUCCGAAGGCUGAGCUCCCGGAGAGACUAGCAAUGGGAACUAAUUCACGGAAGAAGGCUAAGAAGACCGUUGUUGCUGAUUCAUGGGACGACGAUAUCAGUGAUGAUGAUAACGAGAAAGAUUUCAAUCUGCCCGGCUCAUCGGAAGGCCCUGGAUCCAGCAUCUCUGACUCUGCUGCCGGGCCUGCCUGGGAUGGCGACGGCGAGAAAAGGUUGCCACAGGUGCUCAAAAUGUUUGAGAUGAUACAGCGGGAGUUUGAUCACAAGCUCAGAGAAGUUGGGGCAUGA